AUGAUAACCUGGUAUUCUCUGCUAUUUUUGCUAGUACUAGUUGUACUAGUUGUUAGAAAGCAUGAUGUAGGCGAAGCAGCUGAGGACGACGUUAGUUUUGACCAAAACUACGUCGUCAGAUAUGGAAAUGAUCAUUUCUUGAAACUAAACCAAGGAAGAGAUGUUCAGCUUUCUUUGGACCAAACUACAGGAUCUGGAUUUAAUUCCAAGAACGGAUAUGGUUCGGGUUUCUUUGAAAUGAAGCUGAAAUUGCCAUCAAGCCAUUCUCCUGGAGUUGUCACAACAUUUUAUGUAAAUAAUAAGCCUGGAAACCAUGACGAGCUAGACUUCGAGUUCUUGGGUACCGAUGAUGGGCCAAAUUAUACCUUACAAACAAAUAUUUUUGCAAAUGACAAUGGGGAGAGAGAGCAGAGGCUUCAUCUUUGGUUUGAUCCCACCGAGGAUUUUCAUAAUUAUGGAAUCCUAUGGAACUAUAGCCAAGUAGUGUUUUUUGUGGAUAACAUCCCAAUUAGAGUGUUCAAGAACAAUACAAUGUUGGGAGCAAGGUACCCUGAACUGAAGAUGUUUGUGGAAGGAAGCAUAUGGAAUGGAGAAUCUUGGGCAUCAAAUGGCAGAAAAGUAAAUUGGUCUCAGUCACCUUUCCAAGCACAUUAUCAAAAAUUUAAUAUAAAUGGAUGCCAAUUUGGAGCCAAAUGCUCUUCUCAAUCCCAUAACUAUUGGUGGAACGACAAAGAUUAUUUGGAUCUGACCGCAGAGCAGCAAAGAUCUUAUGAGAAUGUGACUCAGAAAUAUCUGUUUUAUGAUUAUUGUUCUCUCAGAAGAGAAAAAUUCAAGGAAUGCCAAGUGAAAUAA